AUGAUAGCUCCUUCAAAUCCUCGCCGUAAGGAGACGGCAUUGACUCGGCCUCCAGAGACAGUGGCCUCGCUGCUUGCUAAUGCCGACAAGAUUCUAUCAGAUGUUGACAAGUCCUCUCUGAUGCGGGUUCGUGAGAAGCGACUAUACCCAACCUUUGAUGCGUCGGAAGUGGAUACUGGCGAAGUACUGGGUAUUGGUGGGUUUGGGGUGGUCUCCGAAGUGUCCGACAUUCGAGUGGAUCGUAGUCAACCACAAUCUGACGGGGAGAGUGACAGUCAGGACAGUCAGGGCAGCAAAUGCGCUGGAAUUGGCCACUUGCCAACAGUGACAAUCGAGUUGCAUCCUGAGCACCACGACCACCAAGACCGUCAUUACGAAGUUGCCACUGCCAAACGUCAGAUUGCUAGCAGAGUUAUGCGAUCAGGGAAAGCCCGUUAUGCCAUCAAGAAGUUGAACCCUGCCUUGUCCGAGCUUGAUCGAACCAGGGGUAUGAUAGAUAUGGCUCUGGAAAUCAAGUACCUGAGUGUGCUGUGGCAUCCAAACAUUGUGAAGAUGAGAGGCGUCUGUACUGGUGACAUGUUGCACCCGAGUCCUUCAUCAUCAUGGACCGUCUUUUUGAGACCCUAG